AUGAAGUUUAACGGUUUAUUAAGUGCAAUUACGAUUGCAUCUAGCAUUUCGGCAUUAUCUUUUAACCAACAUGAUGAUCAAAUUGUUCUAUCAAAUUUAAAUUCAGAAAAAUCCCAUUCUCCAUUAAAUGAAAUUUAUUCUCAAUUUGAUACAGUUGAAAAUAAACAAUUUAUAUCCAAAAUUUGGUCAGACUUAUCUAGUGAGUUUUCGGAAAAUAAAUUAAUUCAAUUAGUUAAUCAAUUUAAUAAUAGAAAAUCAUUACCGAAAAAUAACCAAUAUAAAGCAUUCACUGCAGCUUCAACUCAAUUUGAAACUUUAUCAAAUGAUAAAUUUAAUGAUUAUUCGUUAAGAAUUAAAUCUACCCAUCCUGAAAUAUUAGGUUUAGAUACUGUGCAACAAUAUACUGGUUAUUUAGAUGUUCAAAGUUUAGAUAAACAUUUCUUUUAUUGGUUUUUUGAAAGUAGAAAUGAUCCAAAAAAAGAUCCAAUCAUUCUUUGGUUAAAUGGUGGUCCAGGUUGUUCAAGUUCUACUGGUUUAUUUUUUGAAUUAGGACCAAGUAAAAUUAAUUCAACUUUACAACCUGUAAAUAAUCCAUUUAGUUGGAAUAAUAAUGCCUCAGUUAUAUUUUUGGAUCAACCUGUUGGUGUUGGUUAUUCAUAUACAAAUAGUGAAGAAGUUGUUUCUACAGAAGCUGCUGCAAAAGAUGUAUAUGUAUUUUUAGAAUUAUUUUUCCAAAAAUUCCCACAAUUUAUUCAAAAUGAAUUUCAUAUAGCUGGUGAAUCAUAUGCUGGUCAUUAUAUUCCAAGAUUUGCAAGUGAGAUAAUUAAUAAUGCUGAUAGAUCAUUCGAAUUAUCUUCAGUUUUAAUAGGUAAUGGUAUUACUGAUCCUUUAAUUCAAGCUGGUUCUUAUAAACCAAUGGCCUGUGGUGAAGGUGGCUAUAAACCAGUUUUAACACCUGAACAAUGUCAUCAAAUGGAAAAAGAUUAUCCUAAAUGUAAAAUUUUAACUAAAUUAUGUUAUGAUUUUCAAAAUCCAUUAACUUGUGUUCCAGCUCAAGUUUAUUGUGAUAAUAAACUAUUUCAACCAUAUGCUCAAACUGGUUUAAAUCCUUAUGAUAUCAGAAAAAAAUGCGCUGAUGAAGGUGGUAAUUGUUAUGUUGAAAUGGAUUAUAUGGAUGAUUAUUUAAAUUUAGAAUAUGUUAAAAAAGCUGUUGGUGCUGAAAAUAUCGAUAUUUUCACAUCUUGUGAUGAUACAGUUUUUAGAAAUUUCCUAUUAAAUGGUGAUGAACAAAAACCAUUUCAACAAUAUGUUGCUGAAUUAUUAGACCAUAAUAUUCCUGUUUUAAUCUAUGCUGGUGAUAAAGAUUAUAUUUGUAAUUGGUUAGGUAAUUUUGAUUGGGUUAAUCAACUAGAUUACAAAGAUGGAGAAAUAUUUGCUAAAAAACCUUUGAAACAUUGGAAAACUUUGGAUGAUGGUAAAAUAGCAGGUGAAGUUAAGAAUUAUAAACAUUUCACAUUCCUUAGAAUCUACGAUGCUGGGCAUAUGGUGCCAGCUGAUAAAGCCCUGGAAUCUUUAGAUAUGGUCAAUAGAUGGAUCAGUGGUGAUUACUCAUUUGGUCAUAAAGAUUAA